AUGAGUGGCCUGUCUCCAACUUAUAGCAGAAGAAGCAUGAGGCGUUCAAGUCCAGGGUUCAAACACAACUGCCCUGGAUAUGCUUUCAAAGUUUCCAAGCUAUAUGUAACCUUACUAUCAGGUGAGUUGCUCCGAGAUGGGAAACCUGGUCAGUACCAUAGCUCGCGAGCACAUUUACUAAUCACUCCGCGGUAG